CUCUACUCACUUAAAACACUGUAUUCAACACAUACCUGUAUUGUUACUAAUGUAUCAGUUGUCAGUUGUUGAUUGUAUCACCUGUUGUGUUACCUGAAACUUGAAGCUAACCAGUAGGAUUUUGUUCUGCUCUGCUGCCGCCUGCUUCAACAGGUGAGGACAAGCUGCUGUGUACUUCAUUUAACGCAGAUCAUCUGACUGUUUGCAUUGCUGUCCCACUGGACUGAGUUGUAGCGAAGGCGCCGUGUCCCCAGAUGUCAGCAAUUACUUUGCACAGGCUACGUGAUGACACCUGAGCCAGCUCCAUUCACUGCUGAGGGCUGCGGGAUACAGCUGAAAGCUCCAAAAAAGGCUAAGAUUAUGAAUGAUGUUAUCAAGAAGGUGAAGAAGAAGGGAGAAUGGAAGGCGCUGAUUGUGGACCAGCUGAGCAUGAGGAUGUUGUCGUCUUGCUGCAAGAUGACAGACAUCAUGACAGAGGGCAUCACCAUUGUGGAGGACAUCAACAAGCGACGAGAGCCUCUUCCCAGCCUGGAGGCCAUUUACCUGAUUACACCCACAGAGAAGUCUGUCCACACCCUCAUCGGAGACUUCAAAGACCCUCAUUCAGCCAAAUACAAGGCAGCUCACGUUUUCUUCACUGACUCCUGCCCUGAUCCUCUGUUCAACGAGCUGGUGAAGAGCCGCGCUUCCAAAACCAUCAAGACUCUGACGGAGAUCAACAUUGCAUUCUUGCCCUACGAGUCUCAGGUGUACUCUCUGGACAAUCCAGAUGCCUUCCACAGUUUCUACAGCCCCCACAAGACCCAGCUGAAGAACCCUGUGAUGGAGAGGCUGGCCGAGCAGCUGGCCACACUCUGUGCCACCCUGAAGGAGUACCCUGCUGUCAGAUACCGAGGGGAAUACAAGGACAACGCCACCCUGGCCCAGUUGGUUCAGGACAAACUGGACGCCUACAAGGCCGAUGACCCCACCAUGGGAGAGGGUCCAGAUAAGGCUCGCUCACAGCUGAUCAUCCUGGACAGGGCGUUUGACCCUGUUUCACCCGUCCUGCAUGAACUCACCUUCCAGGCCAUGGGCUACGACCUGCUGCCCAUUGAAAAUGACGUCUACAAGUAUGAGACCAGUGGCAUCGGAGACUCUCGUGAGAAGGAGGUGCUACUGCACGAAGACGAUGACCUGUGGGUGAGCCUGAGACACAAACACAUAGCCGAGGUGUCCCAGGAAGUGACACGCCAGCUGAAGGACUUUUCUUCCAGCAAGAGGAUGAACACCGGAGAGAAGACUACGAUGAGGGAUCUGUCCCAGAUGCUGAAGAAGAUGCCUCAGUACCAGAAGGAGCUCAGCAAGUACUCCACUCACCUGCAGCUGGCUGAGGACUGUAUGAAGCAUUACCAGGGAACAGUGGACAAGCUGUGCCGUGUGGAGCAGGAUUUGGCUAUGGGAACAGACGCUGAGGGAGAGAAGAUCAAAGACCCCAUGAGGGCUAUUGUGCCCAUCUUGCUGGACGCCAACGUCAGCACAUAUGACAAGAUCCGCAUCAUCCUGCUCUACAUCUUCCUCAAGAAUGGCAUUACGGAGGAGAAUCUGAACAAGCUGAUCCAACACGCUCAGAUCCCACCUGAGGACAGUGAGAUCAUCACCAACAUGGCUCACCUGGGCGUCCCCAUCAUCACAGAUUCCACCCUCCGCCGAGGAAAGAAGUUGGACAGGAAGGAGCGUGUGAGCGAGCAGACUUAUCAGCUGUCCCGCUGGACACCACUGGUCAAGGACAUCAUGGAGGAUGCUAUUGAUGAUAAGCUGGACACCAAGCACUACCCCUACAUUUCCACCCGUUCCUCUGCCUCCUUCAGCACCACUGCAGUCAGUGCUCGGUACGGCCACUGGCACAAGAAUAAGACACCUGGAGAGUACCGCACCGGUCCACGUGUCAUGGUCUUCAUCAUUGGUGGUGUGUCCUUCAGUGAGAUGCGCUGUGCCUAUGAGGUCACACAGGCCAAUGGGAAAUGGGAAGCCGUCAUUGGUUCCACCCACAUGCUCACCCCCACCAAAUUCUUAUCGGACCUGCAGCACCCCGACUUCCGAGAGUCCACUAGGGUGUCCUUUGAGGACGCAGAACCCACAGCCGAGUGAGGCAGAGACAGAUUGGGAGGGAGGGAGAGAGAAAUCACACUGAAAAAAGAUCGACCCACAUCUUCACCCCCACCAGCCUGCUGGAGCAGCUCAAGGCCAUGAACAAACCAGACGAGGAAGUGACAAGCUAAAAUCCUCCAAUUGCAUCUCUCUCCCCUUUAACCUUAUCCCACACCUGCCCCCCUCCUACCCAUCUUAACCCUCAUAUCCUCUCCCCCCAACCCUAUCCAUUAAUUGUGUAUGCAUCUUGCUUGAAAAGAAAAAAAGACAUCUUAGAUGAUAAAAAAAUAUAUGUUGUAUCAAAGAAUAAAAUUGUUGCAAGUAUUCUCAUGUUUUACAAUGGAUGCAACUAAAUAAACUUAUUUAAAAAGGUUUAAAUAUCAGAACAGAAGGCCAUUUAAAACUGAAAGUACCAAAAUGUAAUAUUGUAUGCUAUGAAACCUGCUAGAAUGUGUAAAAGGUAGUCAUUUUCUCUCGUUUGUUCCUUUGGAUUACCUCCUUGGUGUGAGUUUUAUUGGAUGCAGGUGGAGGAGGGAUGUACAGUUUGAGAGGUUGAUGUUGUAAAAUAUAUCAGUCAACAUGCAAUAUAUUAUAUAUAAAUAUAUUUCAUCAGAGAGGAGUCAUCCCCUGCCCAUUUGAGAUGUGCAUAUUCAGUAGCAUGCUUGGACUUGUGUGGACUGUUAAUGUGUUUGUAUCCAGUGUGGAUGUUCUGGGAGCUGCGGAGUUAGCGUUUAGCUUUUUCCAAAGAUGCUGAGUUUGAAUACUCCACUGAAAAUCUUUGUUUUGAGUAUCAAAAAUUGUAAAAACAUUCACUGAAACUUUUGAAAUCACUCCAGAAGCAUUAUCCACUUCUCGUCAGCUCAUUUGUAAAUAGCUGCCAGUUUAUUAGGUACACUGUGCCAAAUCUAUGGUGAUGUAAAGUUAACGCAUUAUACUUAAAUCUGUUUUUUUUUUUUUUUUUUUUUUUUAAUAUUUAGUCUGCUAUGAGUGAUAUAUUGCAGCAGCACCUCAAACUGCAGCCUAUGAAUUGACUUAACCCUCAUUCACUCCUUUUAAUCACAUAACUAAUAUUUAAAAACACUAAUGCUAAAAAUGUUUGUUUAUGUCUGAGGAAUUCAAAUCAACCAUGUUUUGGAACAGGAGAAGCUUCCGGUUUGUUUCCGGGUACGUGCGGUAUGAGUUGUUGUGAUGCGCACUAACAACUACGAAACUGGUUGUUGCGCUAGCUAGCAACGAACUAAAGUUGUCUUUUUCAGACAUAUCGUGACGUAAAUAUAACUUUGUACCCUACUUAGCACAUGUUUCAACAGCUGGAGAUGUGGACUUUAUUACGGGAACGGUUUCCUAAGUUUGUGUGGAUGUUUUGAUGUAGUUUUUCGCGAUGAAACCAUCGUGUAUUCAAGCUAACUUCAGCUGCUGCCGUCCUCCAUCAGAUAGCCGGUGAGUGUUUGGUACUCAAAACAUGGCUUAACUUUCGGUGAAGUAUUCGUUUUAAAAACACUUGGCAGAGCAUAAGAUGAAAAUAGAAAUAGCUCUGUAAAAAAAAGAAAAAGCCAGAAAGAAUCAUCCCUCCUCCGGCUGCCAAGACUGUGAAGUAUUUACCUGCCACAACCUUUUUCCUUUUUCCGGAGAAACUUCACGUUUUAAUGUCAAAAAGGCCGUUGCUUGCUGAUAUUUAAAGAAUAAUCUUAAAAAGGGGCCACUUGUAUUUCAGUAUUGUAUCCUGUCAGAUUAAGUCUUAUCAUUGGUUAGUAACGAUGUUUAAUUGGGCCAUGCACUGAGUAGUGUUGUGUAUAUGCCAUAUAUGUUGCUGUUUUUAGCGUCUCACUGUUGACUGGUGAUAUUUCUGACUGUGAAGUAGUGAUAACUUUUCCUUUUAAAAACGCCAAUGUGAAGCCGCCGUGUUUGUGAUGUUUUAGCUGUAGCUGUUAGUGGUCAGCUGGGAAAAAGAACUAAUAUCUAUAUUUUCUUUGUCUGUUUCCUCCUCUGGUGCAAUGUAAAACCCUCCAAUGGUGAAUAGCUUUGCAAGAAAAAAAACUUAAACUCAACCUUUUCACUUUUAUUUCCUCCCUGCCUUCUCUUUCCUGGCCAAACAAGUUGUAUAUUGCACUAUAAUGCGUUUUCUGUGAUGCAAACGCUUGAUUUUGUGUUUAUUUUUUUCUAUUAUAAUUUGCUGUUGUAUAGGGUUUUACUCUGUUAAAUCAAUUGAUUUAUAUCAAAAUUAUUUAUCAGAGAAAAAAAAUAAUAAUGAAACAAUAGUCUGUCCUGAAACUGUUUAACUUAUUGGGAUUGUUUGUUUGCCAGUGUUGAAGCACAAACAAUACUUCCAUGUGUACCUAAUAUGUACUAAGGCUGUCUAAUAAAUUGGCUUCCAUUACAUUAAA